CUUGUCAGCUAACUUGAACGAAUAAGUCAUUUUUUUCUUUUGAUUUAAAUAACUUACAAGCUUGAUGUCAAAUUACUUGACCAUGAGCAAUAAAUAUUACGAUACUGCCUUAAAUUUGGUUAAAGAAGCCGGAGAGAUUGUACGCAAUGCGUCUGCUAAGAAAAAAACGGUGCAAAUGAAAUCUAGCGAUAUUGACUUAGUAACUGAAACUGAUCAGCUAGUGGAACAGAUACUUAUUGGUCGCUUGCAAGCAGAGUUUCCAGACCAUAAUAGAUUUAUAGGUGAGGAGAGUAUUGCAAAUGGAGCACAAUGUAUACUUACAGAUAGUCCAACUUGGAUUAUUGAUCCUAUUGAUGGAACUAUGAACUUUAUCCAUGGUUUUCCAAACUUCUGCAUUUCCAUUGCCCUACUUGUUAAUAAGGUAAUAGAAAUUGGAAUAGUAUACAAUCCAUUAUUAGACAAACUGUUCACCGCCCAAAAAAAUAAAGGAGCUUUUCUUAACGGUAAAGCAAUUAAAGUUUCUCAAGAAGUGGAACUUGAGAAAGCUUUACUUGUGGUUGAAUUUGGUACAAGUAAAAAUCCAGAAAAAAUGAAGAAUGUUAUGGAAAACUUUCAGAAAAUCACACCAAUAGUUCACGGGAUUCGAAGCAUGGGAUCAGCAGCUCUUAAUAUGGCAAUGGUAGCUAUGGGAGCAGCGGAUGCUAACUUUGAAUUUGGUAUACAUGCAUGGGAUAUAGCUGCAGGAAUCUUGAUUGUUGAAGAAGCUGGUGGUAUUGUUUUAGAUCCAAGUGGUGGGCCAUUGGACCUUAUGUCACGAAGAGUUUUAUGUGCUAGUAGUAAAGAACUUGCAAUAAAAUUAAGUGAAAAUCUAGUGCAGUUCUACCCUGAACCCAGAGAUUAAACAUGCAAUUUUUAAACAAAUCUAAUAAUAUAUAGAUUAUAUAAUAGAUCAAUUCUUACCAAUAUGUUUAAGAUAUUGGUAAGAAUAAUAAAUAAAAAAUAAUAUAUAGAUUAUAUAAUAGAUCAAUUCUUACCAAUAUGUUUAAGCAGCUUGUAGGAUAGUUGUUCUGUAAAUAAAGAAAACAUACAAACAGAAA